AUGGCGGCAGAGGACGACCGCCCAGCGAAGCUGCGGCGGCUGUCCCGCCUUCGCGCGGAACUGCCAUUCAUGCAUUGUAAUGCGAUGGCGCAAUUCCUGGCGUCCGUUAAGCGAGACGGAAUCCCCGAAUUGGGAUCCCGACGCCAGGAUAUCAGAGACGCUCGGGAGCUCAUGGUCGGUGAGAACACGCCGUGCGGCAAGCUCCACCAGAACAUGAUAGUCGGGCAGCACGCGGUGGAGAUCUGCAGUCCAGCAGCAAUGCGGUGGUAUUGCAGCGCCCUCCCCGCGAUGCAGCCUCUGCGGCAGCGGGCGCUGGAGCUGCCACGCCCGUGGCACAUCAUCAUUUACGGCGGUGAAAUAGGCGCUGGCAACGCGCUGGCGCACGUGCAGAACCGCAAGUCCUGGGGCAUCUACUGGACGAUCGCGGAAUUCGGCCCGCAGGAUGCGUGGUUCCAGCUCGCGACGAUGCGGGCCAAGACCGCGAACGACAUCCAGCCGCGCGGACUGACGAUGCUACUGGACGCAAUCCUCGCGCAGUUCUGGCCUGAUCAGGGGCACAACUUCAGCGCAGGCAUCAGCUUGCGGCUGCGCCCCGACGGCGCGACGGAGCUCAUCCAGAUGGACCUCGGAAUUUACAUGCAGCCGCUGCAGCGGUCGCCGCAUAUUCGGGAUAUAGUUGCUUCUGAUACGACGGGUGUCGCUGUUCACCACUCGGAACCAGAUGCGUCGCGGCUGCAGCCGAUGACGGCGCCGUUGCUCGAUGCCAUCUGCAACAGAUUGAUCGAAGGGGUCAACGUCAUGAACAAGGGCGAGUUCCAGGAGUUGGAGCGCCGACUUGGCUGGAACUGGGACCCCCAUUUGCCUGAGCGGGUUCGGAAACUCAAGCCGCUCGAGACAGUCAUGUUUGAUUGGAUGCAUUGUAUUUUCGUCAACGGUACAUAUAACAUUCUGGUGUUCCAAAUGUUUCGAAGGUUGAAGGGUUACUGGGCGCGCGCAGACGCAUAUUUCCAGGACUGGUCGUUUCCAGGGUGCCACUCCAUCUCCCCCGACACGUGCGCGAUCUUCGGCGAGAAGCGCGUGAGGUCCCACGUUGACAGCAAGCAUUUCAAGUGCACCGCCAGCGAGGGGUGGCUAGCGACGCUGCAGCGCCUGCAGUCCGAUCGGCUUGCAGAGGACCAGACCGACGACUCCAGGGACCGGCGCCGCACCUUCGUGGAGGCGUGGGUCCAGCAGGUCGACUCGAAUGCUAUCGUCUACAGGGCUUGGUCUCCCAAGCUCUUCGAGAAGUCGGGAGGCAAACGCUCCGUCAGCGUGCUCGCUGUGGUGACGGAAGAGACCUCCAAGACCCUCCGGGCCGGCAGUGGCAAGGAUGGCAAAUUUUGUUGGAUCGCCCACCUCGGCGACGCCACUGCCCAGGCCGCCGAGGACAAGGCGGCGCCGAUCGUGUGGUUCAAGAGCGGCACCGACCUUCCCGCAGCACUGGCUGUGAUGGAUACUCUUGACGGGCAGCGCGGACUCGUGCCUGCUCCCCAACGCCUUGGCGUCCGAGUGGCAGCUGAACAUCAUGAAGCUGCCUCUCUGCGGAUCGUGGGGUCGCUCGCGGCCCCUGGCCGCCAGAAGUCGUACAAUGUACGGGGCGCCCCGCUGGAGUUGGACGGCGAGGCGUUGCAGACGGCCCUCGCCAAGCAGCCCUUCGGGUGGGAGGUCACCUUCGACCGCAUGUUCGAGACUCGCGUCGGCCGUGGGCCCUCCAGCCAGCUGCAAUUCUGCUGUGUGGUCCGUGCGGCUGCGCCGCCGCCGAAGCCACACGUCCGGCUCGGCACCCACUUGUGCGCCAUCGCGGAGGUGAUCAAGCCCUCCAAGGGCCAGAGCCGCGGCAGCGCCGACCCCAAGUCGGCCGAGCCGCCUGCGGAUGACCUCAUGGGCGGAGGCGCAGCCGAACUACCGGAAGCUGAGGCCGCAGGCACUGCAGCACCUGCAGAAGCCGCACUCGCCAAGGCUGCUUCUCCGGCCUCCCAGCGCGUGGCGGCCGCUGCCAUGCAGGUCAACCCCGCGGCCAUGGAGAUGCUCCGCGGCCUCGUGACGGAGGAGGUUGCCAAGCAGGUGCGCGCCGCCAGCGCGGCCGCCCAGGCCUCCGCCGACGCAGCCGCGGCAGCUGCCACCGCUGCCACGGCUGCGGCCACCCAGUGCCAGUCGGACCUCGCCGCCCUGCAGGCUAACAUGGUCACACCUGCAGCUCUGUCCGACUCCCUGGCCAGCAACAACAAGACGUUGAUGGACGGGCCGCGCGCCAUGCUCGCGCAGAACCAGCAGCAGGGCGGG